AUGUCUACUACGAGAAAAUCCCCCAAACUUCCCGCAGAUUGCUCCGAGGAGGAGUUUGAGCGAGGUUGCGAGUUCUUGAGGAAAGUAAAAGAGAUUGACAACAAAAGAAAACACAGUGGAGUCUUCCUUCAAUAUAUCAUCGCAAUGAAACUUUAUCAAUCUGGAUCUUUAAACGCGGUUGAUGUCAAAAAACAAAUCGCCACUACUUUCCGGAACUGCGACGUUUUGCUCGCCGGAUUCGAACGACUUCUUCAGGGUUUGUCUACGGGUUCUCGUCGAGAUGAUGUUGUUACUAAUCCGUCGAAUCUUAAAAGAAUAUUAGAGUUCUUGAAGAUGUUGAGCAGCAACUGCCGUGAACUGCGAGGAGGGUUGAUCGAGAGUUUGGUGAGAUUUGAGGGACAUGCCGAUGUGGAGAUUUUCAAGGAAGAAGUCGAUUUGCUUUUACGAGAUUAUCCUUGUCUCAAAGAGGAAUUUAGGAUGAUUCUAGUCGACCACGGUGUACUACGAGAUGAUCAUUAG